CACUUUUAUUGAGCUGCAAGAAUCACAGCUCUUUCAUCCUCUCUCUCGCUCCUUCUCUCUCUCUCCGUGUGUUUGUGUCUGUGUCUCUCACCCUUAUUCUUGGACCUCCGACUCUCUCCCUCUCUCUCGGCCCCGGUCUCUGUCCACCCUGGAUUCCCGCAGCUCCUCGCCAUGUGUGUCCGGCUUUAGAUUGUCCAUGGAGAUGUCUAACCUGUACGAGGUUGCCCCCCGGCCUCUGCCCCACAGUCAGCAGCCUCCCUCUGGCUACAGAGACGCAGCUGAGCUCGGUGGUGACAUCGGAGACAACGAGACCUCCAUCGACCUGAGUGCGUACAUCGACCCGGCGUCCUUUAACGACGACUUCUUGGCGGAUUUGUUUCACCACAACUCCCGGCAGGAGAAGCUGAAGCUCAUGAGCGGAGACUUUGACCCGGUCCAGUGCGGCGGUGGCGGGGGUCCUGGCCCGCACCAACACCACCAGCAGCACCAGCAGCAGCACCAGCAGCAGCACCAGCAACACCAACAGCACCUAAUGUGCGGCUACAUGGACUCCAAACUGGAGCCGCUGUACGAGCACAGUCCGCAGCGCCUGCGCCCUGUGGCCAUUAAGCAGGAGCCGCGGGACGAAGAGGACCUGGGAGCGGGAAUGCCACCGUCCUACCUGCACCACCCGCCACACUACUCCCAGCAGCCGCAGCUGCCGCACCUCCAGUACCAGAUUGCGCACUGCGCGCAAACCACCAUGCACCUGCAGUCCGGUCACCCGACUCCUCCGCCGACCCCGGUGCCCAGUCCGCACCAGCACCAGCACCAACACCAGCAUCCGCACCAACUCCCUCAGCAGGGGGGGCUGAAGCUGCUGGAGUCGCGCGGCGGAGGGAAAUCCAAGAAGCACGUCGACAAAAGCAGCGUCGAGUACCGACUGAGACGAGAGCGCAACAACGUGGCCGUGCGUAAAAGCCGAGACAAGGCCAAGCUGCGCAACCUGGAGACCCAACAGAAGGUGGUGGAGCUGAGCACAGACAACGACAAGCUGAGGAGGAGAGUGGAGCAGCUGAGCCGAGAACUGGACACGCUGCGUGGGAUCUUCAGACAGAUCCAGCCCGAAGACUCCUACAAACACAUCAGCAGCUGAGGGACCGGGUCGGACCAGGAUCCUGGACAUUGACUGAAACUGGAUCUGGACCAAUGCUGGAUCAGAUAUUAAAGCCGUCUCUUGCCUGUGCCUGUUUUUUUUCUUUUCUGGCAGAUGAUUGGAGCUGAGACGGACUGAGGCAAAAACUGUAGUUUUCUAAGGACCAGGAAAAUCACCAGGAAAAAGCAGAAAACUUUGAAAACUGACCUUGAGGCAGAGGAAAGUUCUAAUGAGAUCACGUGAUGGUCUGACACCAGCAGGUGAGGACAGAGUUGAGGGAGUUCAGGAACCAGAACCUUCCACCACUAACA